AUGUUGGUUUUGAUAUUCUCGUUGUUCGGUGUUGUCAUGGGAUGUAAUGUUCGUCCGAUGGAUUUUAAAUGCGACGAUGGAUGGACACCAGUUCAAAGAAAAGUUGGUGGAGGGUGUGUGAAGAUACUACAAAUCAAGGAGUUCGUUAACGGGUGUAUACUUAGAGGUGGAGGUUUAUCAACGGUUCGAAGUUUGGAAGAGUUGAAAAUAUAUGUGAACUUGUUGAAAAACAGUGGUUUGAAGAUUGCGAGAAUAUUAGCAUAUGCGUCUGCAGAAUGUAAAUGUAAUGAUAUAGCUUGUCCGAUCACUGAAACUUGUAAUCCACCAUCUGUAUGGUCUGGUUAUGGCAUACCAAUCGAAGUUCUUGAGAAGGUUGAGCUUUACUAUUUGAAUGAAAACAAAUAUGGAACGAGCAUUUUGAUAACCACAGAGAAUGAAUCUGGACUUACAGACAAUCACGAAGGAUAUGAAACCAGUCCAGUGGUGUGUGUAACAAACGCGAGCUAA